AUGGACCCCACUGCUGUUCUGGUGCCCCCAGGAGACCCUGACCUCAACUUGAUGGAGACAAAUGGACAUCCCAAGGACCAUGAGGACUUUAUAAGUGUGGAUGCCCAACUACAGUACCCCAGGUCCUACACAGAGAACACCACUGAGGAGCAGCACCUUCUGUUCAUAGCCCAGAGCUUCCAGAGACACUUCAGUCUUUUGUACCCAGAGAGGAAGCCUCUGCUGCUCUGCCCCACCAAUGAGUGUGGGGUCAAGAAGCUGGUGACCACUACACUGCGCCCCACCAUGCCCGGGCUGGCUGACCUCUGCACGUGGCAGCAGUGUGCCCGGUUUGUGUCCAACUACCUGACCCUGCAGCCACUGGAGCCACCCACAGAGCUGCCCAGCUCCCUUCGCUCUCCUCAGGCUGUCCUGUACAGCCAGAAGUGCACCAGUCUGGAGUAUGCCAACCUCCUUUGCAGUCUGCUGCUGGGACUCAACUACAAUGCCUACUGUGUGAGUGGCUACGCCUCCAAGCACCUGUGUGAGCUGGACCGCAGCCAGGAGUCCUGCCCCCUAAAUGAGGAACAGCAUGAGGAGCCUCACCCUGCCCCGGACCCUCUGUGGGGGUUACGGGUUCACUUCUGGGUGCUGGUGCUGGCGGGCAAUGGUAGUGUGGAGCUGGACUUCUUCAUAGAACCCCUGAGCGGAAACCCCUUCCCCACGAACCACCCACAUUUCUUGGGGGUGGAAAGCCUGUGGAACGAGCUCAACGUGUACGUCAAUAUGCAGGACUGUGUCAAAGGGUGCCAGAACAUGUUGUGGGACCCGGAGGACCAGACUCACUGGGAGCCUCUGGUUCAUGGCACCACCUCUAAGAAGCAGCUGCAGGCAGAGGCGCACAUGAUCAAGAUGAGCCUCCAGGACGACCAAGAGGAGGAGACAGAUCCUCUGUACAGCUAUGACAUGCCCCUGUCCUGGUGCUCUAUGAUCCACAUCACCGACAAAGAGCUAGAGAUGUGCUGGCCUGGAGGAUUCAAAGUGACCCACUUCAAACAGGCCUUAGUGGAGAACUUCAUCCCUUUCUUCUGCCCUGAUGGAGUGGUGACCCGCCUUACGGUGUACCAGGACCCCCACAAGAGCCAGGUGCAGACGGUGAGGGAGUGGUUCCAGCACAGAGUGGACCGGCUGAUGGAGAGAGAGACCAGAGGAAACUUUACCACAGAACGAUUCAAACCGGGCAGGAGCGGACACCUCAUCUGUAUGCACCCCUCCUCUGCACACACACAUGAAGCUUUUACACUCUGGAACUACACAUACACACUUCAGUUAAAACAGUUCAGUUGCUCAGUUCACAGGUUCAACACAAAGGUCCCGGAGGCCUGCCCUAACCCUUCUGACCCCACGGUGACCCCAGAGCGGGAGAUGCAUUUCGAGGAAUAUCGUGUGGACGGGCUGGUACGCAGACUGGAGCAGGGGUACCACAUGAUCGAGACCUUUGAAAAGCGCAGAGACUUUCUGUUCCAACGGCACACGCUGUUCGACCGCUCCACAGAAUGCAAGGACAACGUGUACAUGAAGGACAAAUUGGACUCACGACCCAUUCUGAAAGUGGUGGAGAAGUUCCACAGAGACCCGUUCAAAGAUGCCAGUGAGGAAAUAGCAGAGCGAGCGUUCCUAUUGGCUGAGAGGCGCAUCGAAGUGACAUACCACCUGGAGGACAGCACCUUCAUUCCAGCCAAGAGGAGCUUCGACAAACCCACAGAGUCCACUGAGACACAGAAGGCUGGAGACUUCUCCAGGGACAUGGUCUCCACUUUCCAGGCGGAUCCUCAGGGAGAGCCGUUUAAACUGCACCAGCUACAACAGCUCCUGCUGACCCUCAUGAAGGAGGAGCAGAGGACCAUCAGUCAGAUCAGGAGCUCACAAACAUCGGUGCAUUUCCUGGUGCAGAGCAGGGCUGAGGAACAGGAAGAUGUCCAGCUGGAGACAAGUGCCUGGACCACCUCUGGGACCAGUCUGGCCCGCAAGCACAGGGAGAGGGCGAUGCUGCUGGGUGAAGAGCUGCGUUGGUUGGAGCAGCAGCAGAAGGAGCUUUUAGCCCCAGUACUGAUGCGCCUGAACGGGAGCACAGAGCUGAGACCGGAUCAGGCCCAGGAAGUGUACCAAAACUGCCUCCAGGACUUCAAGAGCCGCAUGGUCCAGCACGCCAACCUCAUCCAGCAGCGCAUCCACCAGGAUACUCCACAAGAUUGGCAGCAGAGCGACAGCCGGCAAGACAACAAGAGACGACAGAUCCAUGUGGCACAGAAACGCCUUCAAAUGCAUAAGGAGUGUGCCCCUCAUAAGUACAGAGCUCUGGAGCAGCAGCUACGAGCAGACCCCCGCAUCGGACCCCACCUCAAGGACACGGCACUCUCUUCUCUUUGAAUCAGUUGGUUUGUUUCAGAUGUUAC